AUUUCGAUGGCGCGCGUCGUCAUCGUCGGGGACUGCGUAGAACAUCGAAUUUCGAAACAAAAGUCCGAACAAAAACUAAAGGCAUAGAAAGUGGAAGAGCCGAACAUUAGUACACAAAACACAGCGAGCACUUCACUCGAUAUUUGAAUCACCCAAAGUACCUUCUAUCAACAAAGUAUUAUUUUAUUUAUCCCAUCGAUUGAUUGUAAUUUAAUUAAAACGAAACGCAACCAAAGAAACUACAGGGAUAAUAGGGGAGAGCUGUCUUGACGUAUUAGCAUCAGCAUUGCUUUAUGUUUAUAGUAUCAACAAAUCAAUAGGUUUAUAUUUUAAUUUUGUUGUUGUUGUUGGAAUGCAUUGUGAGUGAACAGAGGAAAAGGAAACAAACCUACAAACCUAUCUAUCCGUAUUCGUAAUUCGUAUGUGCUGCAAUUGCAAUAAGCCAUAUUCGUUGUGGUGCGAACCGGUUGGUUUUAGAUCUUAUUUUACAUAUGUGAAAAAGUGUGCUUGUCCUCCCUUAUAGCUUUACCCUUGAAAACGGACUGAAAACGUAUGUAAUUGUGCAGCAUAAAAGUGAAUCGAAUCGUGCCAGCAUAAUAUAAUUUACAAAUUCGUCGAAUACCUUGCGAACAUUUAGAAAUUAGAAAACGAUAAAAUAUGACAUCGUACAUCGAGCUCUGCGGAUUGUUUGUCAUCUUGAUGUUACCGUUUUUAUACGAGACAAGCCAUAUUUUCCGAUAUUACUUUAAGUUUUUAAUAUAUUAUGGCUUAGUUUCAUUUAACUCAGUGCUAUUAAUUCCUGCGUUUUUGUUCCGUCCGUGUGAUGUAAGGAAUUUGUUAUGGGCGAGCGCAUUUUGCCACAAAAUCUCAAAUCUUAUCGGUCUGAAAUGGGAGCUGAGGGGAAAGGAGAUUUUAGAAAAGGAUCAGGCAUGCAUCAUUGUGGCUAACCAUCAAAGUUCUUUGGACGUCUUAGGGAUGUUUGAUAUUUGGCCAGUGAUGAAUAAGUGCACUGUGGUUGCAAAACGAGAACUGUUUUAUGCGUGGCCUUUUGGUUUAGCUGCUUGGCUUGCUGGACUUAUUUUCAUCGAUCGUGUUCGUUCAGAGAAAGCAAGAGAAACCUUAAACGAGGUUAAUCGUAAGAUCAAAAAACAAAACAUCAAACUCUGGGUAUAUCCCGAGGGUACACGUCGUAAUACUGGAGAAAUACACUCGUUUAAAAAAGGAGCUUUCCACAUGGCAGUUGACGAACAAAUUCCAAUAAUGCCUGUCGUGUUUAGUUCCUACUGUACAUUCCUCAAUGACAAAAAGAAAAUACUAAAUGCUGGUCAUAUAAUCAUUUCUACCUUGCCACCAAUUCCAACGAAAGGCCUUUCCAAAGACGACAUACCAGAACUCAUGGAAAUGGUUCACAAGAAAAUGAUGGAAACAUACAAAAAAACAUCGAUGGAAGUUCUUUCAAGGUAUAAAUCAACCAAAGAACAAAACACCUGUUCCAAAGAGACGCAUCUUAAAACUGACAGUCUCAAGCUUAAUGAUGGAUACCGCGAAAAACAAACAACAAGCAGCUUCCGUGGAUUAGCCAAGGCGAAUUAAACAUUCAAUAUAACUUUAAAAUUAAUUCGAAAAAAUUCCUGACUGUUUUUAUAUAAGUAAAAGUAGCAUAACAUACAUACAUACAUAUUUUGUCCAUCUUAUUAUUUAGUUAAAGAAAAUAUAUGCAUAUAUAUUUAUUUCAAUUUUGGUAAGAGAAAUGUAUCAAUAACCAGGUUCAACUCAGAAAGAUAAGCAACAGGCAUCUUUUAAAAUAUUAUUCUAGCGUAUCAUUUGACAAUAGUUGAAAAGUUUUGUUUGAGAGCUUUUUAAAUGACUAAUUAGCCAAAUACUCAGGCCUAUCACGAACUCCAUCGUUAUCGGAAACACUUACAAAACUCCGAAAAAUUGUAUCAAGCAGUAGUUUGGCAAUAAUUCUUAAAGUUAAAGUUUCCGAUUACGAUAGAAUUCGCAAUAGGGCUAAAUAUCUUGGCUGUGUUGAACCUGACGUUUAGAUUAAUUAUGAACGAUAUUGCGACUGUGGUAGUUAGUUAGUAAUUAUAUUUCAAUUCUAUUUUAUUUAAAAUGUUUGUUUUUUUUUAAAUUUGUUUAAAUAGUUCAAAUUUAUUUUGAGUUGUAAGCAAAGAACAAUGCUUAUUUUGUCUUUAUAAAUAAUUCUAUAACUACAAAUAUUAUUAAUGAUAGGGUCCUUCUUAUGCCAAAUUUUAAUGUUUAUAGAUGCGAGUAUAUGCGGGUAAUGUUUGUGAUAAAUUAUAGAGAAAGUUAUAGAUCUGAACAUGACCUAACACUUAUACAAAAUUGUGCUAAUUUGUCUCUGCAAGCUUCUAGAGGUUAGAGAAAGUAAAAA